UUUCAUUCUUGAGCGGUAUUGUAAGAGGUACACGAUGCUGCUUUCUACACUGCUCGUCUUCUGUCUGGUGUCAUUCAGCCGGGCCACUGGCCCAGUGGUAAUGACUAGUAAAGGACUCGUCAAAGGAUUCGUUGAUCAUCUCAAGGAGAGCACAUACAUCGGCGUCGACAGCGAUUUUGACGUCUUCUUCGGCAUCCCCUUCGCCAAGCCUCCCGUGGGCGACCUCCGUUUCGCCAACCCCGAACGCCCCGACCCGUGGGUCGACACAUACGAUGCGACGACCGUCCGUGCACUCUGCCCGCAGCCGAUGGUUGGGACCAAGGACGAGGAUUGUCUGUACCUCAAUGUAUACGCACCUAAUCCAACGCCCGACAAUGCAGCCGUGAUGGUGUGGUUUCACGGAGGGGCCUACAAUGCUGGGACUGCGGGUCGAUACAUGUUCAGUGGAAUCCCUCUAGCUGCCGUCGGAAAUGUGAUCGUCGUUACAGCCAACUACCGUUUGGGUUCUCUCGGGUUCUUGAGCACUGGCGACGCAGCCGCACCUGGAAACUAUGGCUCAUUCGACCAAGUGAUGGCGCUACGCUGGGUACAAGAAAACAUCGCAAGUUUCGGCGGCGAUCCAACCCGAGUGACCAUCUUCGGUGAAAGUGCAGGCGCCACCAGCGUUGGUUUACAUGUAGUGUCAAAGGAGAGUGAGGACUUGUUUACCUGGGCUAUCAUGCAGAGCGGGAGCACGAUGACUCCUUUUGCUUACAAUCCUGACCUGAACGCUGCCCGUGAAGACGCCUUCAAACUUGGUAGCAAUGUCGGGUGUGAUGAGGCCGACAGCAACGAUCUCAUAGCUUGUCUCAGGACCAAGUCUGCCAGCGAGGUCCUGGCUGGUGGACUCCAGGACCAAGUCUGCCAGCGAGGUCCUGGCUGGUGGACUCCAGCGGGUUACAUUCGGGUGACCUUCAAAUUUGAGAUGACCGACAGCUACGAUCUUGUCAUAGCUUGUCUCAGGACCAAGUCUGCCAGCGAGGUCCUGGCUGGUGGACUCCGGUUUGGAUUCCUAUCCGCACCCGUCGUCGAUGGGCGUUUCCUCAUCACUGACCCCGUCCAAAUGCUAGCUAAGGGGGACUUCAAACACCGCAACAUUCUGCUGGGUUCAAACCAUGACGAAGGCACACUGUGGGCCCUGGGCAUCUACCCCGACUACACACUGUCGAAGUCGGCCCCGUACAUGAGUCGAGCCGACUACGACGAACAUCGAGACGACUUCCUCACAGGGUCCCUCAACGACAUCGCUCUGAAGGCUAUGGACCAGCAGUAUAUUGACUGGAGCAGCGCCGACAACCUGGACACCGACUAUCUCGACCUCCUUGUCAGACAGAUCACUGACGAAACAUUCACGGCACCUGCCGACGCCACCGCCAGAGCCUUCUACCAACAUGGCGCCGGCGAUGUGUACAUGUACGAGCUGACCCACGUGCCGUCCGUACCGGCCUACAGCCUCAACCUCCUUGGGCCCGGUUGGCUCGGCGUCACUCACGGAGAGGAUCUCCAGUUCGUCUUCGGCUGGUCCUUCGUCCCUCAGAUAACGGAUAAAAGACGAAACCUCCGCUCCAACGAACUGACUUUCAUGGUCAACUUGAUGACCUAUUGGACCAACUUCGCCAAUACUGGCACUCCCAAUUCAGCUGAGCUACCAACAUGGCCAACCUACACAGUUCCGGAACUGCAGUACAUGGUCCUGGACCCGGACCUGACCCCGAGUCGAGCUCUACGUGCUGAUGACGUCGCAUUUUGGAACGAGUUUGUCCCAGAGUUGCUUGAGUCUUCAGGUACGAGCAAAGUGAGGAACAGAUGGUCUGCACCAUGGUAGAGCUUCUAAUCAGAAGAAAUGAAGAGAUGCACAGAGUAUCUAGGGAUAUGGGGAUUCAGAAGCUAUAAUUAUAUUCAGGAGAAUAUCAGCAUUUAUCAAAAUAGAAUAAAGAAGCUAAUCUGCAUACACAUAAAUGUGUUGUUUUAUUUCGUUUGUUUGAUUUCUAUGUUUGUUUUACUUGGCUGCUAUGAAAGCAUGUGUUUGCUUGUAAGAAAGCAACCAGGGACUGAAGGCUUGAAGUCCCAUCCGACUAGGGUCAUGUUAAUGAUGUUGAAUGCCUUACCAAAGGGCUUCGAACCCUGGACCUCCUGAUUACGAGACCAAUGCUUUACCACUGAUCUAUCUUGGGACUACGAUAAAUGAAGACGUCAAUUCUGAAAUCCUUUUAUUGCGAUCAGUUCGGCUCGUAAACCAAUUCAAGAUUGGUGAGCAUCAGAAUAAUCGGCGAAGUAUUAUCCUUAUAAUAAUGAUGAUGAAAUCAACCGGCCCUAACCCAUUAAGGAUCUUAAUUGUUCCUGUCUACUGUUUAUUAUGCAAAAUCCAUUUCCUAAUAGCGGGAUUCUGACCGGGAUUUAGCUUUCGCCGGCGAACCAUUCCGAGUCUUAUUUUUCCUUUGAGGGGAAAUGCUAUGCACACACUCAUCAAUCCUUCAACAGCGAAUCACGCCAGAUCUCCCCUUCCUACUAUUCCUCGUGAAAGAACCCAGCAAAAGAAUAAUACUGUCGAAACCUUUCAUUUUGCAUUUUGACGUAUGAAGUCCAUUAACUUAUGCCUUGCUAAUAAUCGACUUAAUCGUCACCGGCUCAUUUAGCGUAAAACCCCCAUACAUUGUACGGCUUUGCAGCAAUAUAAACCAGCAGCAUCUUCUCAGCAUCAUUUGGUAGAUGAUGAAUAAAUUCAAAGAAAUUAUCUUA